CCUCCGGCGGGCCCUCGGGCCGCUUCGCUGGCCUGCUUUCCCUCGGCCCGCUUCGCUGGCCUGCUUUCCCUCGGCCCGUGACUACGCUUAGCCCAGCACCAUGGGGAAACGGGACAAUCGGGUGGCCUAUAUGAACCCAAUUGCAAUGGCCAGAUCAAGGGGUCCAAUCCAGUCUUCAGGGCCAACAAUCCAAGAUUAUCUGAAUCGACCAAGACCUACCUGGGAAGAGGUGAAAGAACAACUAGAAAAGAAAAAGAAAGGAUCCAAAGCAUUGGCUGAAUUUGAAGAAAAAAUGAAUGAGAAUUGGAAGAAAGAACUAGAAAAACACAGAGAGAAAUUAUUAAGUGGAAAUGAGAGCUCAUCCAAAAAACGACAGAGAAAGAAAAGAGAAAAGAAGAAAUCUGGUAGGUAUUCAUCUUCUUCAUCAAGCUCUGAUUCUUCCAGCAGUUCUUCAGAUUCUGAAGAUGAGGAUAAGAAACAAGGAAAAAGAAAAAAGAAAAAGAAGAACCGUUCACAUAAAUCUUCUGAAAGCUCCAUGUCAGAAACUGAAUCAGACAGUAAGGAUAGUUUAAAAAGGAAAAAGAAGUCAAAGGAUGCAAUUGAGAAAGAAAAGGAUGUUAGAGGACUCAGCAAAAAAAGAAAGCUGUAUCCUGAAGAUAAACCUUUAUCAUCUGAGUCCUUGUCAGAAUCAGAUUAUAUUGAGGAGGUACGAGCAAAAAAGAAGAAAAACAGUGAAGAACGAGAAAAAACAAUAGAAAAAACAAAAAAGAAAAAGAAGCAUAAGAAACACAGUAAGAAGAAGAAAAAGAAGGCUGCUAGUUCAAGUCCUGACUCACCGUAACACUAAAAUCAGGAUUCUCUUAUAAUGAAAGUGCAAUGUCUAAAGAAAUUUUAACUGUGAAAAUUAUGACAUAUUUACUAAAAUGCAUGAAUUUUGUUUUUAGAAUUAUUUCUGGACUGUUCAGUAGCCACUCGGAUGCCGCUGUGUGAAAAGGCCAUAAAUGUUGCCUGCUGCUUAAACAUCUAUUUUUUUCCCUCUUCCAGUGAGAUAACUCUGGGAGAUAAUACGCUGCAGUUUACCUGGUGGUUGAGAUACUUGGGGAUAAAGUUAAUAUUUUUGACUAGAAGUACCUAAUGAUAAAAAAACAGAAAUCGAGUCUGGAUACAUCGUUAAGAUGUAAUAGGAAAUGACAAGAAGACUCUAGUUGACAGUUUCAAAGUAGGGAUUACAUUGAUGUUCAAAAUCCUUACUCUGUAGAUAAAUGUAUUUUUUUUCCUUAUAUGCUUUUAUUUACCUGGGGAAAGGAAUUGUAGGGUGGGUUGGGGACGUUUGCUAUCUCUUUAGCUAGCAGAAUAGUGUGCCUUUUACCCUCACACAUCUUAUUUUUGUGGACACAGUAGCCAUGCUUCAUGGGGAGGUCAGAGCCGGUAUGACAUUCUUGCUUUUGCCAAGUUUACUGAUAUCCUUGGACUCUGUUGUAUGCUGCUUUGAGUGAACCAGAGAAACAGUCCUUUAUUGGCAGCAUGAGAAAGCCCCAAAAGCUCUGGGAUUUCUCUCUCCACUUCAAUAAUACUGAAUGUUUUUUAGCUUUAGAAUGUGUUAUAUCAUUUGAAUUAAUUUUGACUACACUUUGGCUUUAGAGAGGAAUCAUUUCAAAUAUAAACACUGGUACUUUUUUUGAACUUGAUAGCUAAAGAUUCUGAAAUGCAUGUUUUAUACUGUUAAGUUUUAACAAGUCAGGAAAAUCUUAUGUAACCAGUGAUAGUUGUUUUUUAUUUCCUUUUUUGUAUGAAUUUUGUUUAGGCUGUAAUGUUUAGCUUUUGUUAACUCCUUGUUCUUGCUAUUUUAAUUCCUUCCUGUGUUUUAUGGCAUACUUGCCAAGUCUUAGCAU